UCGGCGGCGGCGGAGGCAAGAACGAGUCAUCUGUACUCUACUUCGCCGGAGUGAGGAGUAGCACUUACUGUCUUGUGUGCAACGGCGGCGGCGGCGAUGGAGAUCCACGGCGCGGCGAGCAGGCGGCAGCAGCACGACGGCGGCGGGGUGAAGGUGAAGUUCAUCGAGACGCAGUUCAUCAGCUCCGACGCCGCCAGCUUCAAGUCCGUCGUGCAGCAGCUCACGGGAAAUUCGGCGCCUGCGCUGCCGUCGCCGCCGCCGUUGGCCGUGCCGCGGCCGAACAGGCCGCGCGCUCGGGCCGCCACGGCGACGGCUUCGCCUUACCAGGCCGCCGGACACCUUUCCGUCGUCCCCGGCGGUCGAGAGCACCUGACGCCCGCGCCGGUCAAGCAGCAGGAGGCGGCGAGGCUGGAGGAUCUUCACGAGCUCUGCGACUUCGGCGACCUGCUCUACGCCGGCGGCGCGCGGCGCGUCGACGGCGCCGGUUACGGCUUCCCGUACUGAUCAUCGUGCGCGCACUUCUUGUAGAUUUGUUUGGUUAAUUUUUCGUUUUUGUUUUGGGCGCCAAUCCUGACGUGAUUGCCAGCCGCCGCCCUUUUCGUAUGCCAAUCGAUCAACGUCAAAAUUGCGUUUUGCAAUGUUAAUUUUGAUCGAUAAGUUAAACCUGAUGAUAUAUGGAUACGGCGAUGGAUUUGUACUCGUACGUACACAUAUAUAUGCGAUUACAGAAUUAAUCAUCUCAUAUAACUUGAUGACCAAGAAAUGGCACGUGUAAUCCGCUACUCAUAUGUGUGGUGCGAGAAAAAUUAUCUGAGGGAUUUG